AAAAACUCUCCAGAAUGGUCAAAAAGGAGUUUCAUCUCACUCACACGUUCAAAAAUGUAUCCAAAUUGGAAGAUGGAAAAACUCUUUAUGGUCCCGAAGAAGAACAUUUCAAUAUUCCAUGGCAAUUGUCAUUCUGUCGCAAAGAAGAAUUUGUUGGUGUCUUCCUCCGUUGUCUGAGACCAACCGAUGGCAUCGUACCCUGGGAAAUCAACGCUGAUUGCAUCUUGAAACUAACUUCCUCGGCGGGAAAAUGCCUGUCACACAGUUCUACCUACAUUUUUCAAAGUAUAGGCGGAUUUGGCCGACGUAAGUUCGUCAGUUGGGAUACCCUAGUGAAGGAUCACCUGGUUAAUGACAGUAUCAUCAUGGAAGCAACUGUCAUGAUCACCAAAAUGACAGGGAUCUCGAAGAAAAAGCUGAGAAGCUUCGAGAAAUCUGAGGAACAAUUUUCCGAUGUGGUUCUUGCAGUUGAAGACAAAAAGUUCUUCGUUCUCAGAAAAUUCCUCGCUUCCCACUCUUCAUAUUUCAAGUCUCUUCUUCUCGGAACAUUCGCGGAAGCUGAUAAAUCGGAGAUCAAACAUGAAGCCAUCAAUUCCAUCGAUUUUCAGAAUUUUCUGGAGGUUCUGUAUGGUGAACCGGUUAUCGAUGAUGAUGACGUGGAAGGAAUUCUUCACUUGGCCCACAUGUACGAUGUACCUGUUGCAAUUCGAAAAUGCGAAGAGUUUCUGAUCGAAAAAUCUGAAAAAUCGAUGAGGGAUCAACUUGAAAUCGCCAAGAAAUAUCAGCUGGACAAUUUGAAAAAGUCUUGUCUCUCCAAAGUGAAUACAGUCGAGGAGAUCAAAGCGGCAUUGAUGUGCGAUUUGGCCGACAUGGAUCCGACUGUGGUGGCGGCUCUUUUCCGUAAAUCGUUGGCUCUUCUUUGAUAUUUUUGAUCGAGUUCUAUUUAUACUCCCGCAUUUUUAAAAAAAUAAUUUUUUGUUGAAAUUACGAAUAAAGUUCCGCUUUUU